CUACAGGACGAGUUAUAACAUAUUCUAUAAUGUAAUGUUUUUAUUAUAAACAUCAAAUGUGCAGUCAAAUUGGACAUUUUUUAUAUUAACUUUGUAAAUCAAAAUUUUAAUUUCAUCUAAUGGCACUUAAAUGGAGUCUUUAUCAACUUUUAUUCAUAAAAAUCUUUUUGUUAAUCUAGAUAAAUUUGAAAAGGGACGCAAAAGAAAUGCAAAAGAAGAUUUCGAUUCGUUGACGGAUGACGAUUCGUCCUCAAAAAUUUCGAAAAGCUCAAAUAAACGAAAGGGAGAGACAAAGGCCAAAGAAGAGACUUUGAUGGAUCAUUUUGAAAAAGUACAGGACUGCGAUGUCAUGGAAACUGUAGAAACAAAUUCUGAUACUGAAGAAUCAGUUUGUCAAAUAAAAAAUAUAGACGAUAUACCUAUGUCUAAUGAAGCUCUAAUAUCAGAGGCAGAUAGAAUCGCGAAAAAUGAUCUGUUAAACUCCUCUGAUCCUAAUGAGGACAGUAAACAUUCUCAAAAAACUAUUUGUAUAACUGACGAUCAGACUACCGAGGCCAGCGAUGAAGAAAAUUCUCCGCCUUGGACGAAUUCGAAGAGCAUCGAAAAAUUUAAAAUGAAUAUGAAAAUAUUAACCAACAAAGAAGCUGGCAGGCACCAGUGUCUGCAAUGCGGUCGCAGUUACGGAAAAGAAAAAAAUUUUAGAUAUCAUCAGAAGCACGAGUGCAAUCAGACCGUAAUGUGCAAGAAAUGUGGCUCAACUUUUCAAGGAACAAUUGUUCUGAGACGGCAUAGAAUGAAGUGUGGGAUGAAUCUAAAUUCGUCGAAAGUUGGAAAAAUGAAGAAAGAGAAGACAUACACGAUGGAAUUCUUUGACGACCCCCCCGAUCUGUUAGAUUAAGAGCAAGACAACGUUUACUUUUUAGUAUUUUAAACGCAUUGAUUUUUUUCUCAACAUCUUUGUUUUACCAUUAAAAAGUUGUGAUAUUUUUUUGUAGACAAAGACUGUUUUGAUUACGUACCUAUAUAUAAAAUCAUUGCACUGUGCACUGUGCAAAAAUGUUGCGUUUUUUUCAGUUAUUGUUUGGUAUUAAUUUUGUGAAGUAAAAAACAAAUUAAAGAAUCAAUAAAUAAAAUGGUAAUUAAUAAA